UGACACUUUAACUGUUCAUAAUAUUUUCAACAACAUGAAAUUAAUUUCUAAAGUUCUGCUUUUCGUGAUCACAACUCUUUUCUUCAAACUACAUUUAUGUCAAGAAACCGUUGAAGGGACAUUAAGUGAAGAUUUUUGGUAUCGAUUUGACAUGAAUUUAUGGACCUUCAUUGUCUAUUCAAAUGAAGCAAUUACCACAGAAAAUGUUGAAUUAUCAGCUACAAAAAGUGACAGUGUCAAAGGAUUGAACAUCCAGUAUAACAAAAAUGUUGAAUACUUGCCGAUAAAUGUCCACAAUGUUUUUGAAAAUUUGAUUGGAUACAGCGCAUUUAACAACUUUAUUAAACAGAUUAGAUAUGAGAACUUUGAGAACCUUAAAGAACUACAGUUGCUGAACUUGGGAUACAAUCAAAUAUCAUCGAUUUUAGCAGACACAUUCAGAGAUUUAACAAAGCUUAAAUAUUUGUACUUAUUUGACAAUCAAAUUCAGUCAAUUGACGAACAUAUUUUCAUAACUCUUGUGAGUUUAAUCAACCUUAAUAUUGAAAGUAAUUUGAUCUUCUUAGUGUCUAAAGACGCAUUUGACUCAUUAACAGAGCUAAGAAAUAUUUCAAUGUCCAACAAUAAUCUGAAAAUUCUAGAUAACGAUCAUUUCAAGAACAACAAAAAACUUGAGAAGAUUUGGCUUAACAACAACGAAAUUCAAUAUAUGAGUCCAUCGAUGUUUGAUGACAUGAACAAUUUAUUGUUAGUUGAUUUGAGAGAUAAUCAGUGUAUCAGCGACGGCUACUGUAUUAAUAAUCAAUAUUGUGGUCGAAGAUUCUCUGAAAUGAAGACAAUGAUUGACAAAAAAUGCUAAAUAAAAGAAAAUAAAAGUAAGAAAUAUAAUCAAAUGCAAUAAAUUAAUCCUAUUUGUUAAAAACAUCAAAAAAAUUAUAAUUUAAUUUUGAUUUUUAAACAGCACAAUUUAAACUCUCCUCAUAAAAGACGGUCACAUGCAAGUGAUUGAGAAUAUUAAAAAGAAUUUAAUUUUAAAUCAAAAACAAAAUUUCCCAUCAUUUAAUUUUUAUUUUAUUUUGAUAAGCAAAAACAUUUCCGACUAAAACGAUUACAAUGCAUUAUUAUAUUAUUAUAUUAUUUAGUAAGAAAUGUUGUAAAUUGAUAAUCAAGGGUGCGGAACUAGUAAAUCAUUCUUUGAUAGUUUUUGAUCAUUUCAAUCAAUCCUACACAUUUCUGAGCAGUAAAUUCACACAUUUCAAAAUUAAUUCAAUCGUUUGUCAAAUAUAAAUAAGAUGUUUAUUGCCAAUUUCACCAUUUCUUUUUAAAAUAUGCCACAAUAUUCUUGAUUAAGAUGAAAUAAAUCAGUUUGAAUUUUUUAUAUGUAUACACUCGGGAUAAUGCUCUAUAAAAUCAAAUACAUUUUUAAUUCCUUUAUCAGUUUUAAUUAGCAUCUUGUUUGAAAGUAAAUUGUCUGUAAAAAUUAUGGCACAACUGAAAAGCAUGGAAAUUAUCCUAGUUGCUAAUUUUAUUAGCAUGAUUAUUUCUUCGACAAUGAAACUUGGACUUUCUUCAAAAUGAAGCUAUAUGAAUUCAAUAUAAACAGUAAAAUGAAAUACCUAAUGAUAACAUGGAAAUUUCUCUAAGUAAAAGUGAAUGUGUGAAUGGAUUUUAUUCAAGGAAUAACAAAAAUAUUAAAUAUUUGCCUGUCAAUGUUUAUAAAAAAUUACCUAAUCUGGUUGGGUAUAGUACAGGACGGGAGCCAGGGGGGGGGGGGGGCAUAGGGGGCCCGGGCCCCCCUACGAAAAUCUGAUAAUUGUUUUAUUAAGUAUUUGUAGAGAAGAACCAGUUAAUGUAGAGAAAGUGAUGAAAGAAAUGUCAAAAUCAGCACGAAAAAUUAUAUUUAAUGUAUGAAUAAUGAAUUAAAGAUUUAAACUUAUUAAGAAUGAAUAUAGAUUUAAGGAUACAAAAUAACGGUUUUUUAAUUUUCGUGAAUAACGGUUUUUUAUGAGAAAUGCAAUGGUAAAAAGUAUUUCGUAUAAGAAUUUUGAGAAUCUUAAAGAGCUUCAGUUAAUUGAUUUAUUUGAUAAUCAUUUAUCUACUAUUUCUAAUGAUACUUUUAAAAAUACAACCGAACUGAAAAAAUUAAUUUUAGAAGACAACUUAUUGAAAAGUAUUGAUAGAAAUACAUUUGACUCGUUAAAAAAAUUAAUAUAUAUUAGUUUUGCUAAAAACGAGAUAGAAACUGUUUCCAUCUAUGCUUUCGAACAUUUGAAAGAAUUGCAAAAUAUAACUUUGAAAAAUAACAACAUAAAAUCAUGGAACGAAAAUCAUUUCUCAGAAAAUAAAAAACUUGAAUAUAUUUGGUUGGAGAGCAAUAAAAUCAAAGAUUUAAGCCCAACAUCAUUCGAUGGCAAAAGUAAUUUAAAAUACAUAGACUUGCAAAAUAAUCAGUGUAUAGAUAAUUUUUACUACACGGCCAGUUUCUCAGUAAUGAAAGAAAAAAUUCAAGCAAGUUGUCAGAAAAAAGAGUAUUUUGAAGAAUCAGAUGAAAAUGAAUAAAAAUAAAAGUUUAAAAAUUGGACUUGCAGUUUAUGCUGUGGUCGUUUAUUUCAUUUGUUAUUUUUUUUUCAUUUAAGAAACGAAUCUGAAAAAAUUGCUAGAAGGUUUAAAAAAUAUAUACAAAAAGUAAAAAACACGAAACCAAAUUUAUUAACAUUGUUCUUUAAUUUCACUUUCCAUUUGAGAAAAUUCAUGGUCACAUGAAUAAAAUGUAUCACAAAACAUAAAAUUAAUGCAUGAAUUGUUUUUUAAAUUUACAAGUUUCAGAGUGUUAAUGUCUUUUAAAAAUGUUGAACUUAAUAAUUCUAUUUUAUUGUUGUAUAACCAAACAUUUUCAAGUUUUUUGUUAUUAAUAAAAUGAUCAUCGUUCAAUGUUCUCAAAGUAUUAUCUCGCAAAGAAAUGUUUCUUAAUUCUGACAUUGAACUAAAAGCAUUUUUUGAUACAAAAGAAAUUUCAUUUUCACUAAGGCGAAGAUCUUGUAAAUUUUUAAGAUUUUUGAAAUUAUAAUCAUGAAUGUAUAUCAGCUUAUUUUCAGAUAAAUUCAACGACUCUAGAUCCGAUAAAUCUUUAAAAGCAUUUUCAGGAAUAAAUUUAAUUUGAUUAUAGUUUAAAUUGAUAUAUUUUAGCUCACUUAGUUUCUCAAAAUUUUCAUAUCUUAUUAUAUUUAUAGAACAAUUAAAGAACUGAUAAGCAACUAAAUUAGGAAAUUUUUCAUAAACUUUUAUGGGAAGAUAUUUUAUUAUUUUAGAGUUUCUGAUAGAAAUUGCCUUCACACAAUUAGUCUUUUCUGAAGAAAUCUCAAACAUUUCGUUUGUUAUUUUUUGAUUCAAAUAAAUUUUAAAGGUCCAUAGAUUCAUGUCAAAUUUGUACCACAAAAUAUCUUCAGUGUAGCCUUUAACAAUGUCACUUCCACUUGUAUUUUUAAGAACCAUAGAAAUUAUUAUGAAACAUAGAAAGAAAGUUAACCUACGUGAGAAAAAAAAAUAUUUUUCAUGUCACAACUUUUAUACAAGAAUUUAACUUACGUCUGCAUUUUUCCUCUACAAAAAAUCUAGCUCUAUUGUUUUUCAAUGUUCACAAGCAACUGAUAGAGACUAAAAAAUUGCGUUUGUCUUUUAAAAAAAAUUUUUUAAAUUUAUUCACAAUGCACUAUGGGCCAGAAAUGGAAAAUUUUUCCAAAAAUUAUUUCUACAACUUAUAUGAUAGUCCUUAUUCUGUCCUACAUUUACGUCCUUAAAACUUUGCCUAAGUCGACAGCAUGUCCGAGAUAUGGCACUUCAAAGUUGGUCAGACGACCAUUUUCACGUUACAUUGAAAAUGCUCUCACCAGUCACUGGAUGGAUGAAUCUCCUUCAAUUUUUUUUUGGUAAUAGCUUUAAAUAGUUCCUUCAUUUUAAGGUAUAAACAAUUGCAAAAAAUUUUGGAAAAUUUUGUGAAAAACUUGAUUUUUCUCAAAAACCACGUGUUCGUCAUACUUCCGUUUGUGUAGGUCUUCACAAGCACAACCAAAGUUACUAAUUUCUUUUUUAUAUUAAAGAUUACAUCAAAAGCUAUAACUUUUGCAUACAUGUCGUAUAAUUUUAACAAAGUUUUGGUAGUGAAAAAAAUUUUUUUUAUAAAAAAAACACCAAUUUUUUGACAAAAAUCGCUGUAGUGCUCCAGGGAUACCCAUGGUAGUGGAAUUUUAUUUCACAUUUAGAAAGCUCUCUGGAUAUGCUAUCAAUUAAUGCAGUAAAAUGAACAAGUGUUCUCUUGGCAAAGAGCACUUUUUUGACUCUGAAAGUCGUAUGUCGAGCAAGGUCAAAAAAGAAAAAUAAUCAUAAAAAUUUCAGUUUUAAGUAAAAUUUAAUUUUUUUAAGUUAGAUUGAUAGAUCUUUUUAAAACGCGUCUUUUGAGUAUAAAUAUGUCAUAGUUUUGUCAAGUUUCAUGAUCAGUUUUUUAAAAAAAUAGUUUUUUUCAAAAAAAAACUUGAAAAAUAAAGUAUUUGACUUUAGAAUUUCAUAAAAUGCAUUCUUUUUAACAUUUUUUUCACUAUUUUGUCUAGUUUUGCUCCUCGUUUUUUCCUAAACAUAAAUCAAUAAGAACUUAACAUAAUUGAAGCCAUUUGGAGGUUAAAUUGAGUUAAAAAUCGUUUAAAAUUUUUGUAUUUCUUAAAUAGUUCUU